UGUAAAUUAUUUGAAAAAGUUCUUGUACAAAAUAUUCGUUUCGGUCUUUCACCAAGUCUAACAAAAGCUAUUGCCAGUGUUAGCAGAUGGCGGCUCAUUGUAUCGGCUUUACCACAUGUGAUGCAUUGUUGUUCAACAUUAUUAUAUAUACGUAGAAAAAAUUCAUUUGAUAAAUUAUCAGCAUCAGAAACAAAAUUAUUAUAUACAUUACAUUGGAUAUUAUUGGAUGCAGCUGAAGAAUGUGCUGAUGAAGAAAAUGAACAUGGUAUAAAUCGUCCACAAGAACAUUAUAUACUUCCAGUGACAACCAUACAGACAUUUGUCUAUUUAUUUGCACCAUUAAUACCUCAUUUAAAGCAAUCAGAUUUUUUAACAUCAUUUCGUCUUGAAAAUGGUUAUAAAAUAUGGAUACCAUUAUUCAAUUAUUGUCAUCCAGAAAUACCAAGUUUUCUUGCACAUGCAAAACAAAAUACAUUUUCAUUAUCAAGAAAUAUGGAAAAAAAAUUACCAAUUCCAAAAUUUGGUGAUGUAUUCAUUGGUUCAUCAACCCAGUUGGAUAAAUCUGCAAUUAAUGUUAUUGAUGAUGGUGGUGAUAAAAAAUCGACGACGAUGAUGAUGAUGAUGAACACUGAACGUAAAGAUUCACAUGAUAUAUUUAAUUUUGGUUCACCACAACCAUCAGAUAGUUCACCAUUACAUAUGAUGAAUGGACAUGAUCCACUUUCAAUUCCACAACAGCAACAACAACAACAACAACAAUCAUCAUCAUCAUCGACAACAACAACAACAAAAACACAAGAAUUAAAGAAAAAAUAUGAAUAUCAAAAAAAAGAUUUAGCCGAACCAUCGAUGGCUACAUAUUUAGAUGUAGCUGUAUUACGUUGUUUAUUCACAUCACAAUGGAUCGAAGAUGGUAUUGAUUGGGCAUUAAAUUUUCUUUAUUAUCGUUUGGAAUGUAUUGAAAAAAGCCGCCAAAAUCAGCAACAAUUUUUUCGUACACGAUCAUAUUCAUUACCAGUACCAAAACGUCGUUAUCGUGAUUCAACAAUGUUUGCCACUGCUGCUGCUAGUAGUGGUGGUGGUGGUGGUUUGACCAAUGAUUCCAAACGAAACCGUCCAAAUGAUGAUCAACAACAUCAUGAUCAAGAAUUGAAUAAAGAUUCUAAAUUGAAAACAUUUCGUGAUGUACGUCGUUCAUCAUUUUCCGGACUUCCAGGACUGUCAGGAUUUCAGGCUUUAAUAAGCAGUACUACAUCAAGUGCCUCAUUUGGCAGACAUGGAAGUGAAAAAGUUAAACAUAAAAAAUCUAAAAAACAACAACAACAACAACAACAGAAUCAAAAUCAAACGACAUCUACUAUUGAUUGUCAACAACAACAACAACAACAAUCGAACACAAUAUCAUCAACAUCAUCGAAAAUUUAUCAUAAAACCAUCAAUAAUGCUAUAAGUAGCCAUCAUGUGCCAUCAAAAUCUGAUAAUAAUCAAAGUAAUAAACAACAACAACAUCAUCAUGGUCAUCAUAAAUCGAAAAAUUCAACCACUAAAACAGCUAAACAGACAAUCCGUGAUGUUGUACUGUCAAAACAUUUACAUUAUCAUUAUCAUGGUCGUGGUCAUGGCCAUCAACAAUCAUCAAAAUCAUCAACAUCCGUAACUGAAGCUGUAAAUGAUCAACAACAACAACAACAGCGACCAACAUCGGCAAAUAGUUUUAAAAAACGAAAAAUUUCACUUUCAACUGAACAUCGUUUAAUUGAUCGUAAUGAUUUUAAAGGAAAAUCAAUGCCAACAUUACAUCUAAUCGAUGAUGAAAAUCAACCAAUCAAUUUUAAUGAUGAAUAUUAUGAUUAUGAUGAUGAUGAGAAAUAUCCAGCCAUCUAUUUAUCACCGGAAACAGCUCGAACACCAAGUCGUACAUCAUUAACUGAAAUCGGUGGUGGUAUAUCCACCACAAAUGAUACACAAUUGUUAAAUGCACAAUCCAACAACACAAAUCAACAAUCAACAUCGAAUGUACCAAUGUUUCCAAUAAUAACGAUCACUGAACAUUCACCGGUUUCAUCGAUAAAAUUUUUUCACAAUAAUAACAAUCAAAAUCGUUUGAUUGAUGAUAAUAUCGGCGAUGGUGGUGGUGGUGGUGGUGAUGAUGAUGAUGAUUAUAAUAAUAAUCAACAACAACAACAACAACAACAAAAUGAAAUGUUUUAUUCAAGUGCCUAUUAUUCCGGUGGUAGGAGUGGUGGCGGUAGAUCGGCAACAUUAUUAUUACGCUGUAAAAGUGAUGGACAAAUUGAUUAUACAAUUGAAACAAGUGGUGAAUCACUUGCAUCAAUUAAUUAUGUUAAUAAAAAUGGACAAUUAAGCCUAGUGAUCGUGUUGAAAGCUAUACAUUCGAUUACAUUAAAAGAUUCUGUAUGCACAAUGCGUGUAUGCAAAAUUAUACAUAAAAUUAUAAACAAAUUAAUGAGCUUUAAAUUGAUCUCCAAACGUAUUGGUAGUAUUUAUAUUGCCAAAAAAUUCAAAACAUUCAAACCGAAUUGUGAAAAUCCUGAAUUAUCUGUACAUCAUUUAUUCAUGGAUACAUUGUUUCGUAUUAUUAAACAAUUAGGAUGUUCACGUGGUUGUGGUGAAGGUCGACGAGAAAUGGAAGCAAUUCGUUUAAAAGAAAAUGUAAUGAAAACAUUAAAAUCAUUAUAUGAUAUGUCCGAAUUAUUAUUUUUACAAUAUUGUGAAAUGUUGGUCACAUCACAUCCUAUUCAAGAGAUUAUGGAUAUUUUCCAUGCAUUUUUUGGUUUCUGUUCCGAAGGUACCACCACCGCUACCACCACCGCAUCAACAAAUGUUCAACAACAACAACAACCACCACAAACACAACAUUUGACAACAUUUUCAAUAAAAAAAUCUUUACCUGGUACUGGUAUAACCAGUACUGGUACACAAUUGAAAAAUGGUUAUUUUAAUAAUUUUGGUGCCGGAUUUCCAACAAAUGAUUCAUCAUCAUCUAAACUUAAACUUGAAGUCGAUACGAUAAUCGUUAAAUAUACGUUCAAACCAUUCAUAAGUCGUUUGGUUUUUGUACAAAAAGAAUUAAAAGUUCAAGAAAACAUGUCACUCUAUUGUGAGAUUCGACAAUUCAUAUCCUAUGUUCGUGAAUAUCAUGGUGGAAUAUUUCGUAAUGCUGCUCUAAGUGGUCUAAUAGAAAGUACAAAAUUCGUAUUACAAAAUGAUCGUUUAUGGAUAUCAAAAAUGGCAUUAAAAGAUUUAGCCGAUCCACAACAACGAUCAACAAACAAUGAUUCAAAUAUUCAAAGUAAAGAUGAUCAAACAACAGUUCAACAACAACAACAACAACAACCACCACCCACCAGAAUUGCAAAACAUAAAAAAUGGGGUGCAAAUCGAUCAAAAUCAACAUUAAUUGUUGAAUAUAAUAAUUCGGAUUCUAUAUCACAAGAAUUAAUAUCACCAAUAUUUCCACCAAUAGUUGCUCAACAACAACAACAACAAUCAUCAUCUAAUCAACGUAAUCAACAAAUGGAAUUACAAUUAAUAUCAACCACAACGACAACUGUUUUAACAGGCUCAUCAUCAUUGAAUCCGAUUCAAUCUAAAAUGGAUUUUUUCGCAAUCAAUGAUCCAAUAUCACCAUCAACAACGACAAUGACAACGCAACAAUUAACAUCAACGGAUCAUUUUAUGAUGAUGAAUAAUUCAAAUAUUAAUAAUAACAACAAUCAAAUGAAUAAUCACAAUAAUAAUAUUCAACGUGAUUUUGAUGGUGGUAACCUUCCAAAUUAUCUAACUAUUGCAUCAAAUAAUGAACAACAACAACAACAACAACAACAACAAUCACCAUUAUCAGUUACAUUGAUGCGUCGUGGUAGUUUUAAUAAACAAACUCUUAAAGGAUUUUCACCUGCUAAUCAAUCAGCAAAUGCAUUUGCCAUUACAAUAACGGCUGGUAAUGCACUGAAUCAAAAAUCAACAUUUUUCAAAGCUCGUAAACAAUUUAAAAAUGUUUUUGGUGGCAAAAAUAAGUUCAAACAAAAUAGUUUCGAUGAUACACCUGAUUUAUCGAGAAAAAAUUCUUUACAAGAUAUCGACCGUUUGCAACAACAACAACAACAACAAGAUGGUGUUGGAAUUAAUACUACAAUGGCUGUAACAACUGGUUCGGGUGGUUCUGGUGGUACCACCGGAAUUAUGACCACAAAUGUGGAUAUUCCAUUGAAAAAAUCUCGAACAAUUUUAUUCGAAAUACUCAAAGAUGGGAUGCUAAAAUUUCAAUUUCUUUUGGAUUCAUGUACGCCUGGAUCAAUUCCAGAUGCUCAAUUAGUGGCGGCAAUGUUGGAUCUCAAAGCACCAGUAUUGGCAAGAGCAGCUUUUCUACUCGAAUGUUGUCAUUUUGUUCAUCGAUGUAAUCGGGGACAAUGGCCCGGAUGGAUGAAAAUGAAUUUCAAUUUUUUUAGACCUUCAGGUCCAAGACAUGGUUCUCAAACAGUAAUCAAAAGUCGAGCAUCAACUACAUUACAAAAACAUGCUGGUCGAUGUUUUUAUCAAUGGGCAGAAUUAUUAUCAUCACGUUUAGAAGAUAUUCUACAGAAUGAUAUCGACAUGAUGCAAUCGAUUACCGAUAGUGAUGGAAAUCAACAAAUUCAACAACAACAGCAACAACAACAACAAGAAGAUAAUUUUCUAUCAAUUUCUUGUGUAGAUAGCAAAGAAGGCAAUUGUCCGUUUGCAUUGAAAAUUAUAGCCUGUCAACUUUUAUACGAAAUAACAACAUAUUUACGUGAAACACAUCAAUAUCUAUUGACACAAAAUUCACGUCGAACAUCUAUGGUUAAUCCAGCGAUAGUAGCAGCGGUUGCUUCUGCAAAAGAAAAAAGUUGUAUCGAACCACCAAGACCAUUGGCAAUGCAUCAGAAUCGUCGUUGGUCGAUGGCUUUAAGCACUGGAACUUUUAACAAUUCUGCUCAUAGUCUAAUGUCAUUGGCAAAUUUUCCGGGUGGUCCAAUGCAUGUUCUGGAACAUAUGUUACCACCAAGUGAUAGACGUAUUAGUUUUGUAUUGCACGAAGCCGAAGUGGAAAACGAUUCGAAUAGUUUGAUUGAUUCAAAUGAAGAUAUUAUACAUCAUGAUAAAAAACGUUUAUCACAGGUUGGUCCAUCCAGCUUAGUCACCUGGAGUGGUAGCGGUAUUGGCCGUAGCGGAAGUGGUCAUCAUGAAAGUUUUCGUCGUCGUUCAAUUAAAUUGAAAAAGAAUGAUAGUGGUAAAAAAAGUACGGCUAAAUUACGUUCAGCAACAUUGGUUGAAGAUGAUUAUAAAUCAAUGUUUAAACGUUCAAAUUCAUUACGUUCAAAACGUAAAGUUAGUGGUGCAUCAGAAAAAUCCGAUACAUCUGAAAGAUAUUCAGGUGAAGAAUCACCGGGUUUAUUUUCAGAAGAAGGACAUAGUUUUGAAUCAGCAUUGCUUGAUAAUAAUAUCGAUACGAAUGAUGUUGAUAUGGUAGAGAAUAUUCCAUGGCUAAAGAUAACAACAUUGUUUGCAUCGGCAAUCAAUUUUGAAUGUAAUCAUCAUCAAACCUGUACACAUAAUUGUCAUAAAAAAAUCAUUCAAUCAGCAUCAUUAUUAACAAAAGAAGUGCAAAGAAUCUAUGAAAAAGAUGUACAACCAUUGUUUGAUUUCGAUAUGAUGGCACAAAAAUUAUUGGAUGAUAAAGAAGAUGUUGCUAAAAAGGAGAAAAAAUUAAAGAAAAUUCUAAUGGGACAUGCAUCACCAUUAAAACGAAAAGCAUCCGGACUACAAAUGGACAAAUAUCUUGAUCGUGAUAGUCAUGGACAUAGUGUUUAUAAUAGUCAAACAGGUCUAGCACAUUCUGCAAUCGAUGUUGAAUAUGGAUUCUAUGAAAGUGAAGAUCCACGGCUAAUAUUUCAUGAUGUUCUUAGUUAUCGAUUGGAAAGUAAACAUGAAGAGAAUACAACAAUGUUGUAUAUAUUGAAUCAGGUGAAAAAUCCAUUCCAUUCAAUUAUAUCGAUGAUGUUGAAAAGUGCAUUGAUAUUGAAUCGAAAUCAAUUUGAAUAUUUGCUGAAUCUUUCAUGGAAUUUAAUAUUGGAUGAAGAUAUACAAAUAUCAUCGUCAGCAUCUGUCGCUAUCAUUGUUUGUUCAUUAAAAUGUCCAGAUAUUGUUAUCAAUCUAUUGAAUCAAGAUCUUAAUCAUCAAAAUGUUGAUAUACGUGUGAAUGCAAUUAAUAAAUUCUUAAAAAUCUGGUGUAAUCGUCAUCAAUGUUGGCAACGAUUAGAAGAAGGUGCACAUCUAGUGUUAAAAUUGCCACCAGCUGCCAUAGAAUUUACAAUACCAUCACCAAGAAUUGCACUUGAAUGUAAACCAGUGGUAGAUCCACCAUAUAUGCCAAUCGUAAAAACAAAAGUAGAUGAAGUAGCCAUUAAUCAAGAACCAACUAUACAGAAAUCAUUUGUUGCCGCAACCAAAACACGUCGUAAACAACAGAUCGAAUUGAUUUCAAAAGCAUUACAAGAUCAAGAAGAUAAAUUAAGAGAAGAAAGAGAAAAUUAUCGUUUCAAUAGUGUUCCGGUUACAUUACAAGCUGCAUAUGAACCAGUUUUAUAUCAUACAAUCGAUGAUCAUGAUGAUCAAGAGGAUGAUGUUGAACGAAUCCCAUUACAUCAUCUUCAAGUGGCUCAAUGUUUUUUUCCAUCAAGUUUAACGACAGCUUCAUUUUUAAUCGUUAAUCUAUUGGAAGAUACACAAAUCAAUUCAGACGGACAAGCCGUUUAUGAUGUUGCAUACAAAACAAUAUGGCAUUGUCUAAGUGAAGAUUCGGCACUUUUUCUUAGAAAUUUAUUGGAAAAAUUAACACGUGAAAAGAAAAAUGUUGUCAUUCAAACAAUUCGACGUUUAAUUCGUUUUGUUCCUAGAUUGCCUGCACAAGCAGCAUUCACACUAUACAAUUAUUUGAUUGGUUUCAUCAUGUAUCAUGUUCGAACACCAACUGAAGAUUCACAAUCCAUUAUAGCUUCUGUAAUGUCCAUUCUAUGGUUAAUUGUACCGAAUGUUUUUGGUUUAUUUCUAAAAGAUUUGAAACAAAUUCUACGAAAAGAACAAUGCGAUUCUACGAUUUUGAUCACUGCCAAUGUACCAAGUGCUAAAAAAAUUAUUGUUCAUGGUCCAGAUCCUGGUUCGAUUCCAUCACAAUUUCCCGUACAUGAAGAUACACAAUUCUCACAGAUACUGACGGAUAGUUUGGAUUUUUUCGGUAUUGAUGAAACAAAACAUAAUGAAUAUUUUCUUGUCGAUACAAAAACCAAUCAAAUACAUAAUCUAAAUGCAUUUGUAAGAGAUUUUUAUUUCUUUAAACGUUCACAAUAUCCACAAAUUUCAUUGGUACAUAUGAAUCCAGUUGAAGCUUAUGAUAAAUUUCAACAACAAGCUUUUACAUUACAAUUUACUGAAUUGGGUAAAAGUUUAAUGUCAUUAUCAUUGAUAAAAACAUCUUAUAUGGGCAUACAACGUGUACUAUUUUUACAUGAAGAAUUAAUGAAAUUGCCAUCAUUUCCGCGUAAAGCAUUGGAAACUAAUCUAACAUUAUAUUCCGGGCCAAUGGGCCGUGAAGUAUUGGGUCUAGAUACAUUACAUAAAAUUUCUUGGGUCAAAUUGGUUGGCCGAAUGUUUGAAGCUACAUCAGGAUUUUUUGCCGAUUCUACGGAUAUUCAUCUAUUUUUAAAUGUUGUCAAUGGAACAUUAUUAUUACAUUGUGAAGAUGCCACAAUAUUACGAUUAUGUAUGGCAACAUAUAUUAAUGCUGCACAUCAAUUUAAAAAUAUAUUUGCUACAAAUGGAUAUUUGCUUAUUGUACAGACAAUCGUACAGAUUUAUGGUACACAUCAAACAAAUUCAUUGCUAUGUCGUACAAUUGAAUUUGUAUUCAAACAAUUCUAUAUUCUUCAUUCUAAACCGUUUGUGUUGCAAAUGUUUGGCGCUGUUGCACCAUUGUUGGAUACAGAUUCCAUCAACAAAUAUGAAUCAUCAUGUCAGAUUUCACCGAAAGCAUUUUUUCAAUUAUUACAAUCACUUGGCCAAUAUACAGCCGAUCCAUUGGACAUUUUAGAAUUGGUGGAUGCAGAAAAACCAUUGAAAGCAUUAGAUUUUUGUUAUCAAAUGGAUUCCGAAACAUUAACCGUAUUGGAUUCAAUUUCAUUAUGUGUCACUGUUAUAUCAUAUGCUCCAGAUUCUGAACGUGGCCAUCAAAUGUUGACUAUAUUGGAUUCAAUAUUACCAUUCCAUCUGAUGCAUAUGCAAACAUUGACAACGAAAAAAGAAACACCUGGUGGUCCACGUGCUGAACUAUCCAUGAUUCAUAACAUUUCCGUUUGUAUUAAAACUUUGAUAUACAAUUGUGAAGCAUUGACCAGAAACUUUACCGGACCACAACGAACAUUGGACAUCAGAGAAACUAGUGUUAAGAAUCUAUCUCCACAUAUUGAAAUCGAUGAAGAUAGCCAUUCCAAAUACAAUGCAGAAACUUAUUAUCCACCACGUCAUAAUCGUGUAGAAUUAGAUGAUGGUGAACUUUGUCGUCUUGAAUUUCGAAAACCUCGUGAUCUACUUUUGAAGAUUGUAUCGGAAUUUCUAACCAAAAGUACAACUAGAUUUGCUGAACUUAGUAAAAAGAUUGCUGAAAUUCAUCAGAAAAAUUCUAGCUAUGAAUUAUUAGAUGUUAAAUGUCAUAUUCGUUUGGCUGAAAUUGCUCAUAGUUUGCUCAAAUUGGCCCCAUACGAUCCACAAACAAUGGCUUGUAAAGGUUUAGUUCGUUAUAUGAAUGAAAUUCUACCAAAUUCUGAAUGGCGUCAAGAAUCAAUGCGUCCAGCAUUGAUUAUGGUAUUAAGGAGAUUGGAUAAAACAUUUACGAAAAUAUCGAAAAAAUCUGCAAUAAAACGAACAACCGAUUGGGAAGCAGCACGACGGCUAUUAAAAGGUGUUUAUUUAACAUUCGCUAAACAUCCUUAUAUUGUACAUCUACCUCAUCUUAAAUCAUUAAUCAACGUUUGUCAAAACAUUAUUAUCGGUGAUCAAACUUCGUAUUUUCUUUCGGAAUCAUCAUCGGCUGUUUCAUCGUGGACAACUGCAUUGUCACAGGCACCACCACCAGGAUUUACUUCGGUAGCUGUUCGUUUAAUAUCACUUCAAAUGAUACAAUUGGGCGAUUCACAAUCAUUGGAAACAAUUUGUAGUGGUGCAUUUUCAUCACCAGAAAAAAGUGAAAUCUAUCUAAUGAAUAUGAUAUAUCCAAUGUGCAUACGUACAACAAGUGGAAUGAAAGAUACACCAAAAUUUCGUCUUUGUGAUAUUAAUUUUGUUUUAAGUGUCAUAUUGAAUAUUUUGAAACCGGCAAAUUCAAAACCAACAAAAGGAAGUGAUUCAUCACAAGUUGGUGCACAAUUGAAACAAUUUUCUCUUCAACAGAUUGGUUUUUUAGGAUUGAAAAUUUUAAUCAUUUGUUUUGAAAAACAAUUAAACACCGAAUGGUAUCAUAUUGCCAAAUGUAUUCGUGAUUUAGCCGACAAACCACAUUUGAUUGGUUCGACAUUCUGGAAUUUUAUCGAUUUCAUUUCCACUUAUCGCACGCCAUUAUUUGUAUUGAUGUUACCAUAUAUUAAAUGCAAAUAUUUACUCAAAAGUUGUGAGAAUGGAAUCGAAAAAGCAUAUCAAUUAAGGAUACAGGAAAAAUUGAAUGGAAGUGGAUUACCAUUCAAUAGAUCAAAAGGUAAUCUUUAUGUUUCAUUAGUGAAUGAAAUGAAAUCAUUACGUGAAGAUAUUAUUCGCCGUAAAAAUAAUCCCAAUAUUGAUGAACGAAGUAAAUCGAUAGUACAGGAACAGAAUAGUGCUAGUGAUAAACAGGAAAACAGUGGCCAUCGAUUAAGUUUUGCAUUCUCACAGCUAGCGGCAAGUGCCUCCAAAUUAUCCAAUAUUAGUUCAACGAUACAACCAAAUACAGCUGCAACAGUCGUUGGUCAACAACAACAACAACAACAAUCACAUGGAUCACAACAAUCUUCAUAUGGUGAACAAUCACUGAAUUCACCAACAACUUCAAUCAAACCAAGAGUUUUACGUGGAUUAAGUUUUCGAUUGAGUUCUGAUUCACGACGUUUAGCUCAACGAGGUUUAAGCGUUAAAUUAGCUUCAAAUCAAUCGGAUAAAAGGAUGUUUGCUCGUCGUACCAGUUAUCCUGAUCAUCCAGAUGUUGAUGAAUGUGGUGAUUUCAAACAUCCAUCUGGUUCUGAACCAAAACUUUUUCGAAAAAUGACAUUAAGUUCUAGAGCAAGUAAAGCACAUAAAUCAUCCAUUUCUUCCAGUGGUGAAGCAUUAACCGAGAAUGUUCCACCUCCGAAUUCAACAUCAUCAUCAACAAUGAAUAUGCCAAUCCGUAAGGAAACGUCAUUCACUUUGACAACAACCAAUAAGGAAGAAAUCAAACAACAACAACGACUACAGCGACAACAACAACAGCAACAGCAGCAACAACAAAAAUCAUCGACAAGAAAAUCAUUUCGUUUCAAAAAUCGUAGCUCAAUAUCAUCGGAAGAACAUUCAUCAUCGACAACAAAAUCGAUAGAAAAUUCUGUAUCCGAUUUACAUAAUAAUGAUUAUAACACACAACAGAUAACAAAACCAACAUCAAUAUUAAAAUCAUCAUUGAAAUCAUCAUCAUCAUGUGAUAAUGAACAAUCCAAUAUUCAACAACAACAACAACAAUAUCAACAAUCGUUAACAAAAUCAUCAUCGGCCGAUCAAACAUUACCGAUUACAAAGAUCAAUUCGCUUGUUCUACAACAACAAUACUCAAUCAAUAACUGUGAUCAUCAUCAUCAUCAUCCGCCUACUCUUCCAUCAGCAACGAUAUUAUCAAUUCAAAAUCAACAACAAUCAAAAGGAAAUAUGGUACCAAUUGUUGUUGGACAAUUACCAUUGAAAACAUCAAUGAUUGAAAUGAAUAAUAAUCAAACUAUAACAUCAUCAUCAUCAUCACCGAUGAUGACAUUGACAACUACAACAGCUACAUUUUCUACAUCAACAAACGCCACAUCGAUGACGAUGAUGAUGUCGCCGAUACGUACAACAUCGGCAACACCAACCGGUAAUAAUAAUCAUCAUCAAUCAUCAACAGCCACAAUUGGUUCACAACAAAUUAUAUCAACAAUUGAUAAUAAUCUGGAUAAUACACAAACGAUGAUGAUGAACGCCACCAUGACGACAAAUGGUGGUCAUACAAAUCAAUUGGCAUCAUCAUCAACAACAACAACAACAACAACAACCACAACAUCGACGACAACGGCAAUACCGUUUGAAACAUCAAUACAGGCAUCAUUACCAUUUGCUGAUGAAGAAACUUGAAUUUUUUUUUCUUCAAUUAAAUCAAACUAGUUACCCUUAUUACCAUCACAAGUUAAACUUGGUUUCAACAAAAAAAAAAACUAAUGAGGAAAUGAAGAAACUAAAAAUCUCUGCUUCGAGGGGCUCGAUUUGGUUUGGAUAUCAAACAUACAAAACAAACAAAAUCACAUAUAAUA